AUGGAUGGCUAUAUAAGUAAAAGUGAUCAAGCAUUCGUUAUUGGAAAUAGGGCUGGUUAUUUAGGUGAAUCAGAUACAAAUCUACCUCAAGUUUCUCUCAAUCCUGAUAUUGGACAUUUCACGAUGCUACGUAGCGCUAUAAGCAUUAUUUGGAUAUUGCAUAUGGUUGAUAGAAAGCCAUCUUCUUUAUUAUGCCUUCAGCAGCGACAAAAUCCAUAUUAUUACGAUUUGGUAUUUGUGGAUUUACUACUGAGAGACAGCGCCAAGGCAAUCCCUAACCAUUACAACUCGACGGCUCUAAAAGAAAAAAUUCGUCACAUCGAAAAGAAAAUUCCCCCCACAUUCAUAUGCAGCUAUAAUUUCGAAUUUGUCGACUCCGACGAUUCUUUCGUGUUGAUAAAUUAUAAAACACGUCAUCAAAAAAACUAUCCUGCCUUGAAAAUCAUUUCAAUUGAGACUUUGGUUUUAUCCCUAAAGUAUCAUAUGCAUGCACUACAAGCAGAUCAAGUAUACGAUAGAGGUGCACUUGGUAAAUAG